AAACGGCGCCAUUCCUCAUCUCAGGAGGGCGGCGUCGAUAUUUCAGCUUCCUACUCCAGCGGAGGAAGUUCACGUCCUCGCCCUCUGCGUAGAGACGCUAUCUUCACGUGUUUAGAUGACGGGUUUUCAGUGCACGUGGCGAAAACCCAAAGACCCUAAAACCUUCCACUUUCCUUGAAAGGAAACACUUGACAGUUGUAGAAAAUAACAUUAAAAAAAACAUUUCAUGAACAAUAUGUUGGAGUUUGCAGUUCCACUUGAAUAGAAUCCAUUCGUUAUAAUUUUGUUUUCCCCUUUCCAAAAGAAGAUUGGAUUUAUCUUCUUCUUCAUCGUUAUUAAGCUCAAGCUUAAUGUUGAAACCUCACUCAGCAUUAAUGGCCAUUAACUUUAGCGGCAGCUCUCAGUGGAGUAAAAGGAAGACGAGAGGGCAUUGCUUGCUUCGAGUCUCUGCAAUCUCUUAUCAGGACUUCAUAGACUUUUCUCUUAAUGAAACCGAACGACGUACCCUUUUGCUCCCCUCUCCCCACCAGGAAAAAUAUAGUUCUAUGAUCGCAUUGGAUGGACAAACAAGGCUUGAAAUGUCAUCAUUUGAGACUCCCAGAAUCAGAUUACUUCGAAGUAUGAGCAUUAAGGGUGAAGCCAUGCAGGUAUUAGAUUUUGCUGCCUUUCCAAAACCAGAAUUUGAUCUACCCAUAUUCUGUGGGAACUUCUUCACGGCUGCUAAUAUGAACAUAGUUGUGUUGGAUCUAAAUCCAUUGCAUGAUGUCAUUAGUCGAAGAGACUACGAGGAAAAGUACUAUGACCACUUAAUGCCUCUAGGUCUCAAGUAUACCGAGCUUUUACCUUGGGGAGGAAAGCUUACGAGUGAAUCAAUAAAGUUUUUCUCACCGAUAGUGAUAUGGACCAAGUUCACUUCAAGCAAAUCUAAACAUGAAAUUCUAUAUUCUGCAUUUGUUGAAUACUACAAGGCAUGGUUGGAGCUAAUGGAGCAAGCUGUGGAGGAAACUGAUCCAUCUCGAAUUAUGAGCAAUCUUGAAGCACAGCAUAGAUAUCUAACAUGGAGAGCUGAAAAGGAUCCUGGCCAUGGGGUUUUGAAAAGGUUGAUCGGUGAGAAGCCUGCCAAGGAUUUGUUGAGAAACUUCCUUUUUAAUGGGAUUGAUGAACUAGGAAGCAAAACAUUCCUGGAUUACUUCCCCGACUACUGGAGCGAUGACGGGACGAUAAGCGAGAAGCGAAGCAUCAUUGGAAAGGGUUUCGAAAACCGACCCUGGGAUAAAAACGGAGAGUUUGUUGGUAAUGACUUGGGAAAUUAACAACCGUUUUUCCUGUUUCUCUACCAUCUCUCUGUCUCUCUCCACAUGCAUAUGUAAACUUCCCAGUCUAAGGAGUUCUAUGUUACGGUUGGAUCUUGAGAUUAUGGUUCUGAGUUUAAUUGUGGCCUAUAAACCCCCAUCCCCUUGCUAGAUU